AUUGUGUUAUGUUUAUCAUGAAUCUUUUUUAUAUUCACAACUGUCUUCUGUAAACCAAAUACUGACCAAGCAAGCUCUAAAUGUUCUUCAGGGAUCACCUGAGUCUGAGUUUGUGCUUCUAACUUGACUCUACAUCUCUAAUAUAAACCAUAUUUAUUCUAAUAAAAUGUGAUUGUGUGUGCUAAUCCAGUAAGAAUCUAGUAAAAAAAAAUGUUUUUUGAGAAGACAGAGUGAUGCUGUUUAUGUUUAUAGAAAAGAUAUUGAGUGAAACAUGUAAUGUGGGGAGUGGGAGUGAGAAAGAGAGGGAGAGGAGAUGAGAUGAGAAGAGGAGAAGUCUGCUAAAAACCUGCAGACCUGAGAAAACCUCUCAGUGGGAGAGCUGUGAGUGGAACCAACACAUGUGGAGUGUUUGCGCAGGGUUUAUCAUAGAUCCACAUUUUAAACAUGGAGCAUGAGCGGAGUCAGACUUCCUUUGAGUGAUUAGAAGCUGGAUGGUUCUGGGAAUGUAGGCACUAUGGAGAGGCUUUCCUGUCAUUCUGCUUGGGUUUUUCUGAGAGGAAUCUUCUUACUGUUGGCUCUCUGUUUGAAUGAAACCCACACCUUCAAUAAAUCAAGACCAACUCAGCUCCACAGAGACCAGGAUGCAAGCCUACAGAAGAUCUGGGGACUUCAGACCAGGAGAGAGGCUCAAAACUCCAAAACACCCAUUCACCCCUCUAUCUCUCUGCCUAAACAAGGACUUUCGGACAUCCUUGGGGACAACUCAGAGAAAAUGUCCAACCCAUCUGUGCAAAGGAAGCUUCAGCCCAUCAUGAAAGUUCAUGGAGUAUCUAAACUUUCCAGGACAUUCAGCUUGGGAGACUUUUAUUCUAACAUCAAAACGGUCAAGCUGAAUUUGCUAAUCGUGGGGAAAGUCGUGGAUCAUGGCAACGGUUCUCUUGGCGUCUACUUCCGUCACAACUCCACGGGGGUGGGAAAUGUCUCCGUCAGCCUGGUCCCACCCAUGAAAGAGGUGGAUUUUGAUUUGGAACGCCAAAGCGUGGUCCAUCCUAAGGACUCAAAGACCUUUAACUGCAGGGUGGACUAUGAGAAAACAGAACGCAGCAAAAAGGUGAUGCUGUGCAACUACGACCCGUCGAAGAAGUGUGAUCAAGAACAAACUCAGAGCCACAUCACCUGGAUAUGCUCCAAACCCUUUCAGGUGAUCUGUGUCUACAUGUCCUUCUACAGCACAGACUACCGGCUGGUUCAGAAGGUCUGUCCAGACUACAGCUCCCAGAGUCCAGACUUCCUCUCUACAGGGUAACCAUGGUGAUUCUGGAGAAGACCUCAAACAGCAUAGCAGAAAUCCAGUCUGAAAGAGGAAUGUUGAGGAAAAUUCCAAAGUUGAUUUCCUGUUUUUUUCAAAUCCUGAAAAUGUAUUUUUUAAAUGAGUAAUUAGAACAAUAGAGGUGGAACUGACAAACUGGUUUAAUAACAUUUUAUGAACAUGUACAAACAUCUACUAACCAAAACUUUCAUGGUACAAGUGUAUUCAGCCCUGCAGUUAUGUCACCAUCACAAUGCUGCGUUAUUUUUUAGAACUGAACAGAACCUUGUUGAGCAAGUUAGUUUGACUUGAUGGUGCAAAAUAUAAUAAUAACUGAGUGAAAACAAGUAAGCGUAAUGAAAACAGAAGAGCGUACCCUCCCGAAGUAACUAAUCACCUCCAUCUUCAUCUCUGUAGACAUCAGGCACAUGGCGUCUGAACACUGAGGAGUCAGAGGCCAUUUGCUCCCAUGCACAAACUCAUGUUCACCUCCACACGGUUCUGCACCUUUCAGAGUUACAAAGUCAAUGUGACAAAAAGAAUUAAAUUAUUCAUCACUGUAGCUAAGCUUUCACAUGUCAUGCUAAGAACAGCUUGCUGCAAUACUUUUCUUCUGUAAUAAGUAUAAAUGGAGCUCAAGUUGUUUCAAGGUUUUUGCAGUCUUCUACAAUUUCUCCAAAGUUCUCCAGCUGCAGUAUUACAUCAGAACAACAAUCAUACAACAGGUUUGUCGUGAAUCUGCUUUGGAGAGAAAUGUACAGGUAAACAAAAAUAAACCACUGUAUAGAAAUUAAAUUCUGGCUCCAGAAGCCACUUGGAUGAAAGGUCAUUUAAACCUCUGCAUCGCCAUAUCCUGGUCUACCAAAUGUUAUUUUAAACUUUAUCUGCGGUGUGUGUUGACUGAAGCCUGAAUCUUUUCAGUGAUGUUUCAAAAGGAAAGAAACUUGACAUGGAUGUGACAUGAAAGCAGGUCCUCCUAAAUCUGAGCUUUAAAAUUUGAGAUGAGUUCCUUACAGCUUCAGAUAAACACUCCAUGGGUUUGCUUUAUCACUGCAAAAAUCUUGAAAUUGUGUGUAAACACUGAAGUUCUAUAAAUUGUAGAUGGUGGCAGAGGAGUUGAGUGCCCUUCCUGUAACUGGAGGGGUGCAGGAUACAAGCUUGUGUCCUUGGGCAGGGCACUUCACCCUCCUUACCUGCUGGCAGUGGUCCGAGGGACUAGUGGCACCUGUGCUCGUGUCCAUCACUGUGCUCCAGGGCAGCUGCGGCUACACCGUAGUUCAUCAUCACCAGCGUUAGUUGUAAAGCGACUUGGGGGACAAUAGAACCCACAAAGGUGCUGUAUAAUUAGACCAUUUACCUUUUAGAUGGAUUUCCCUUUGACUUAGAUUCUUGGUUGGUUGAUUUAAAAAUCGUUUAAAACAGAAUCUGCAGCCUAAAAAACAGAAAUUAAUUGAAGUAAUUAGGUUUGGCUGCUGUGCACUUAAGUGUCACAAAUUUGGUCUUUUUCCAGAAUUAAUUCUUCUAAAAGCUUAAGUUUUGCUGAAAUGUUCCUUUAACACUGAGCUGGAUUAAUCUGGCAAUCCUGCUUCAGUUUGGAGCUUUUAUCAUCGUCUCUGAUCUCGGGUUGUACUUACUGAGAUGAGCUCUUCUGGGAUGAUUGACAGCUGUCUCAAAUGUUUUCCAGGCUUCCUCGCUGCAGACUUCCAAUAGGUUUGAAAUAGCCUUAAUCCCUUACCCAGCACCAUGCGGUCUCUCUGAGAGAAUUGUUGGCGUUUCAUUCUCUGAAUGAUUCAGAUUAACUAAAUCUAAGACCAUGGUCUUGAGUCAGAAAAGAGUAGAAUGCCUUCUCUGGGUCAGGGAUGAGGUCCUGCCUCAAGUGGAGGAGUUUAAGUACCUCAGGAUCUUGUUCACAAGUGAGGGAAAGAUGGAGCAUGAGAUUGAUAGGCAGAUUGAUGCUGCAUCUGCAGUGACACGGGCAUUGUACCGAUCUAUUUAGUGAAGCUGUUGUUUGUCUGCCGAACAAACAGAUGUUUAAAGAUCCAGAUGUGCAAGUUGAUUAUUUAGCCCGAAGGCUUACAUGUUGUACAAUUAUACGAGAUGCAGCAGAGCGUGAGAGUUCAGCAGCUUCAUCUUGCUCUGCAGGAGUACACACACUUGUAUUUAGAAAAUUAGCUUAAGUCAGUGUAGAAGAACAAAAAUGAAAAACAAAUGCUGCAUGCGCUGGAUCAGAGCCCGUCAACUACUGAUGCUGGAGCGGAUUCCAACCAGUACAGGUGAAACUGGAAGAACCAGAAAAAGGAGCAAUAGUCCUUUCAUGACAGUAAUCCAGCUCAGACUGAGAGACCAUCUAAAGGCCCAGGAACCCGUUGCAGGUAUUCUGGAUUCAUUAGCUGAUUACAGUGUAACGCUUUGUCUAGAAUAUUGAACCUUUCCACAAUAUUCUAAUUGUCUGAGAAACAUCACAAUCAUAACAAAUAAAAGUUUGAAACAUC